AUGCUCUCACGUGUUGCCGCAGUGAAGGCACCCCGCACACACAACCGUCGCCGUGUGACCGGAUCCCGCGGAAGGAGGAGGGAAGGAAGAGAGAGUGAGCCGCAGAGGCCCAAAAUGUCCCGGCGUGUGUUUACUUCCACGGUGCUGCUCCUCUUCGUGAUGGUGUGCUGCGGCACUGGUGGGGCUGCGGCUUCUGAUGGGAAGCCAUCUGAACCAAAUUAUAAAUGGAAGGACGUCAAGAGUGAGGAUGGUGUAACUGUGAACUCGUUGGGUGUUCCCGGCCUUUUGAAAGUGGGGAGUGAUGUAUUUGCCGUUGCCGAGGCGCAGUGCAAGAAGGAUGGAAAAUAUUUUACUGGCAUUGCAUCCCAACUACUCUCGAUGGAAACGGAUAACAAACCGGAGGAAGUGCUGAAGAAUGCAAAGGAUAAAACACAAGUUCUGGAGGAAGGCGUUUCCCCAAGCAAGAAAGUAGAUGUGAGCCGACCAACAACAGUUGUGAAUGGAAGUGAUAUUUACAUGCUUGUUGGAAAAUACAGCCAUGAAGAUGCCGCUAACUGUCAGGCUGGGACUGAGAACAUCAAAUCGGGAAUAUUGCUCGUGAAGGGUGAGCUCAGUGGUGAAGGCGACAAAAAAAUUGAUUGGAAAACUACUGACGGUGUACCGUGCACUCUGGGCGACCAACACAAAUCCUGGACAGGGCUGAUUGGCGGCGGUGGAUCGGGUCUUAAGAUGAAGGACGAUACGCUUGUGUUCCCAAUGGAAGGGACUAAGAAGAAUGAAAAGACCGUUUCGCUGGUCCUAUACUUGCAGGGUACUGAGAGCUGGACACUGUCGAAGGGGAUGUCUGCCGAUGGCUGCAGUGAUCCCUCCGUCGUGGAGUGGAAGGACAAACUCAUGAUGAUGACUGCGUGUGAUGGUGGCCGCAGGGUGUACGAGUCCGGUGAAAAGGGGGAUUCGUGGACGGAUGCACUCGGGACACUCUCGCGCGUGUGGGGCAGCAAACAAAAGGGAAAUGAGAAGGGCGUUGGAAGCGGGUUCACCACAGCGAAGAUUGGCGAUAACAGGGACGUGAUGCUCGUUACUCUGCCGGUAUAUUCAAAGAAGACUGAGGGGGUAAGCGCAAAUGGAAAAGGUGAACUCCAUCUUUGGCUGACGGACAAUACGCACAUUGUUGAUAUUGGGCCGGUGUCCGGGAAGGACGAAGAUGUUGCCGCCAGCGCCCUGUUGUACAAAAGUGGAGAUAAUAAUAAAGAGGAGUUGAUUGCACUGUACGAGAAGAAGAAAGACGAUGCGGAAAAACCAUCACUCGGUAUGGUCUCUGUGCGUCUGACUGAGCAGCUGAAGCGUGUGAAGGAGGUGCUGGCGACCUGGGAGGAAGUGGACAAACGUGUCUCCAAGCUGUGCCCUUCUGAGGGUGCUCUGGAGGACACCGCAACUGACACUGCCUGCACUACUGAUAAAAUCACGGAUGGGCUGGUUGGCUUUUUAUCCGGCAACUUCUCUAAUGACACAUGGAGGGACGAGUACCUCGGGGUGAACGCCACAGUAACUGGCGGGACAACGAAAGUAGCAGAGCCUUCCGAUGGCGUAACAUUUAAAGGACGUGGUGCGUGGGCGGAGUGGCCUGUUGGCAGGCAAGGGGAGAAUCAGCUGUACCACUUUGCUAACUACAACUUCACUCUUGUGGCGACGGUGUCCAUCCACGGUGAGCCGGAGGGAGCUACCCCCAUUCCAUUGAUGGGUGCGAAGAUGGAUGACGGUAAGAAUACAGUUCUCCUGGGACUGUCGUAUGACAAGGAAAAGGGGUGGAUGCUACUGUGCGAUGACGGAAAGAACAAGGAGCACAGCAGCUAUUUGGAGACAAAGACAUCAAAACACCAAGUGGCCAUUGUGCUACGGAACGGCAACCAGGGCUCCGCGUACGUCGAUGGUAAAAGUGUCGGAGAUGAGUCAUGUGUAUUGAAAAUUGCGGAUUCGAAGGAGAUCUCACACUUCUUCAUUGGAGGGGAUGGAGGCCGCGCAGAGGGCCAAGACGACGUGUCUGUGACUGUGAGGAACGUCCUGCUGUACAACCGCCCGUUGAGUUCCGCAGAGAUUGGGUCCCUCAAACCGAAUAAAGUCCCCAUUUCACCUUUGGUGAAGGAGCCGUCGUCGCCUUCACCAGUUGCUUCUGAUUCCAUUAUACCUCCCAUCACUCCGGUGAAAAAAAAUGCUCAGAUAGCCGGAACUUCGUCCACUCCCGCCGUAACACAUCGCACGCAACAGAGACAGCCGAUGGGGAGCAGUGGUGCCGACAGUGGCGGUGCAUCCACAUCAGCGGUGUCUGCUGUCAGCACUCCAUCGGCAGAAAAGGACUCCGUAAAGGAGGUGGCGUCAGGAAAAUCUUCCGAUGGAGCUCAAACCGUGGAUGGCGGUUCUACUGCUGAUGGCGAGCCAACGAUGGAGAAAAGAGAAGGAACGGAUGUGCAGAAGGAAGAGGUACAGCCACUGAACAGGGAAGUGAAUGCUACGGAGCUCAACAGCAGCCUCGAAAAUUUGUCGCAGGGGAAUAACACCGAUGCCGGCACCAUGUGUGGGAGCGGACUGCUGCCAUCGCUGCUGCUUCUUCUGUUGGGACUGUGGGGGUUUGCGGCUCUGUGA